AUAUAUACACUAUAUUGCCAAAAGUAUUGGGACACCCCUCCAAAUCAUUGGAUUCAGGUGUUCAAAUCACCUCCAUGGCCACAGGUGUAUAAAAUCAAGCACCUAGGCAUGCAGACUGCUUCUGCAAACAUUUGUGAAAGAAUGGGUCGCUCUCAGGGCCUCAGUGAAUUCAAGUGUGGUACCGUCAUAGCGUGGUACCGUGAUAGGUUGCCACCUGUGCAAUAAGUCCAUCUGUGAAAUUUCCUUGCUACUAAAUAUUUCACUGUCAACUGUAAGUGGUAUUAUAACAAAGUGGAAGCAACUGGGAACAACAGCAACUCAGCCACAAAGUGGUAGGCCACGUAAAAUGACAGAGCGGGGUCAGCGCAUGCUGAAGCGCACAGUGCGCAGAAGUUGCCAACUGUCUGUAGAGUCAAUAGCUAAAGACCUCCAAACUUCAUGUGGCCUUCAGAUUAGCACAACAACAGUACGUAGAGAGCUUCAUGGAAUGGGUUUCCAUGGCCGAGUAGCUGCAUCCAAGCCUUACAUCACCAAGUGCAAUACAAAGUGUCGGGUGCAGUGGUGUAAAGCAUGCCACCACUGUACUCUAGAGUGGUGGAGAUGUGUUCUCUGUAGUGAAGAAUCACGCUUCUCUGUCUGGCAAUCCGAUGGACAUAUCUGGGUUUGACAGUUGUCAGGCGAACGGUACUUGCCUGACUGCGUUGUGCCAAGUAUAAAGU